AUGGCUCCCCGAUCAAGAGGUGCAAAGCGCGUCGCAGAUGCCUUCGCAUCUCCUUCGCUCCACCAUGUCUGUUCUUCUUGUCUCCAGACUCUGUCCAGACGCCAUUACGCUUCUGCGGCCACUGCCCAAGCAAACCUUGGAUCUCAGUCAUCUCCGUCUAUCACUCAGCUGUCCCCAUCAGGGCCUGAGGCGUCCUUGUCACCACAACCGGUCUACACAAUCAAAGCCGGGAUCGUCCUUUCCCGCCCGCCCCUAAUCACACCAGACCCUCAUCCCUUCGAAACAGCAUUUCAUCUUUAUCAACGCCGUCUCAAUGAGCGCCUCGUCUUGCCCUUCACGCAGUACUUCUACUACCGCCGUAACACCCCUGCAUUUGAACAGUGGCGCAAACACCGCCGCGAGCGAGGCGGUGCUGCAACGCGCGACAUCGGAAAGUACAACGCGUACAGCCCUGAGGCGUGGAACGAUGAAGUGCUUGUGGGGGACGAGACCGGGAAACCGGAGAAGAUACUAGAGCAUCUCAUCACUGAGGAGGGCAGAGCUGAAGAAUUUACUGGACAAGGGGAUCCCAAGUUCGCGGGUUUGAGGCGGGUUACAGAGGCGGAUGAGAGCAACGACCAGAGGAGCCUCGAGAGAAGGUUACAGAGGACGUUGUAUCUGUUGGUUAAGUUGAAGAACAAGGGUGGACAAGCAAAAGGCCAGGAGGUGGGCGACGACAGUGAAAGAUGGCUAUGGAGGUUUCCCUCUGGGCCGGUCAUCGGGUUUGAAGGGCUGAAAGAGGCCGCCCAACGCAUCCUCUUCAGCUCGCUAGGCCCAAACAUGAACACCUUCUUCGUCGGCAACCACCCUGUUGGCCACUACGUGGCCAGCUUCUCUUCACCACGCCCGCGUCCAUCCUCUCCCCCUUUAUAUAUCCCUGGAUCCUCGCCUGCACCAGAUGCUGAAACCAUGGAGCAUCUCUCAUCAUCUACACAAGCUAGUGCAACUACACAAGUUGAGAAGGCCAACGAUCUUACCCCGUUAAAGCAAGAUCUCGCCGCAACACAGGCUCUGGUCGAUGGCGAAAAGACGUUCUUCAUGAAAGCCCGGAUAAUGGCUGGUCAAGCCGACGUCUCAUUCCCCUCCCAUACCAAUCUCAGUGGGAAAGAGGCAAAGGCUAUGGCUGAUACGAAAGCUUCAGGUGUCGACAAGGGCGACGUCAGGGAUAAGAAGGGUGCUAUUGUGGAUAUGGGGUUGGACGAAAUCGAAGAUUUCAAAUGGUUGAGUAAAGACGAGGUGGAGGAGCAUGUCCAUCCAGACUACUGGGUCAAGGUGAAGAAUAUGUUGGUGACGCAGUGA